AUGCCAGAAGGCCCGUCUGUGAAGAGGUUCCAGUUGCUGACUGCUCCUUUUGUGGGGCAGGUAGUGGCCAAGGUGGGAGGAAGCAGCAGGCAGAGAAACCUGAAGGAUCUGAAAGCAAUGAGGCUCCAGGACUCUCAGGCCUCUGGAAAGAAUUUAUUCCUGGCAUUCGGUGCCGCUCUGGAAGCAUGGACCAUGGGUGGAAGCCCAUCUCCAGGUCCUGUGGAAGAAGAGCCAACCCUCCAAGGAGAGGCUGACCGCGGGGCAUGCUCCCUUACCCUUGCUCAGGAAGGACAGGAGGAUGAGGUCUCUCAGCUAAGCCCCAAAGAAUACAGUGUGCCGAGAAAGCAGGAAACGGAAUGUUCACUGCCUGAUGCCGCAGAUGCAGCAGGAGACACUUGGAAAUGGCUGCGCUUCCAUUUUGGUUUGUUUGGCAGCAUCCGGGCGAAUGAGUUCUCGAGAGCUAAUAAGGCGAACAAAAGAGGGGACUGGAAGGAUCCCGUGCCCAGGUUGGUUCUGCACUUUGACCGCGGGGGCUUCCUCGUCUUUUACAACUGCCGGAUCCACUGGUGCACCUCUCCCGCUGUGGAACCUGCUUCUGACAUCCUGUCUCCCAAGUUCCAUCGGGGGCAGGCCUUGGCAGCCCUUCGCCAGCCGACGUCCAUCUGCUACACUCUUCUGGACCAGAGAUAUUUCUCCGGUCUGGGGAACAUCAUUAAGAACGAGAUCUUAUAUUUGGCAAGGAUCCACCCAUUAUCGCAAGGCUCGCUCUUGGCUCUCUCAGAUCUUGAAUCCUUGCUGGAUCAUGCCGUUCAGUUCAGCACAGACUGGCUACAUAAGAAGCUGGCUGGAAAAGGAUUACACUAUCAGAUCUACCUGAAAGAAAAAUGUCCUCUUGGGCAUGAGGUGAUGCAGGGAACUUUUGGACCCCGAGAUGGGUUUAAGAGGCUUAGCUGGUGGUGUCCUCAGUGCCAGCCUCUAGUACCUCCUGAAGGGAAUGACCCAAAUCGCUUACACGCUGAGUGA